AUGAUGCAUGUGCAGGAGGCGACGGACAAUAUUCAUCUAAUUCAAGGGCAAGUCCGCCAACUCUGUGAAUUGUCACUGGCGGAUAUUGACAUGUCUACACCCCAGGACUUGGACCAGACGACAGGCGAUGAGGAUUUUUCUGAGACUCAGACCGAACCGACAGUGCAACAACGUUGGGCUUCUCAUCACCCAACGCAGGCAGGGUCGACACCCACUUGCCAGUUACCUGACAAAGGGGCUAACAACAUGAACCAAAUUAGCCCCGUGAAACGUAAAAUUGGACGUACAAAGCCUGUACCUCAGGUGUCUCCCUACCGUAAUGUUAAGUCUAAGUAUAGCUAA